UGCACAUCUGACUUCUCCUACACCCCGUCCUGACCCUUUCAGUUAAUUAUUUUCCUGCGAUACUGGAAGUUUGCCCACUUCUCCCUUAUUGUUAGUGCUUUUCCAUCCCUCCAACUAUCCCAUUUCUCUCCCGAUAAUCGCAAAGCUUCCUAACAGGAUCUCACAACGUCAAUCCCCACAGAAUCAGAAGAACCGCCAAGUUGAAGCAAUCCAGAUUAGCCUCCCCGUCAGCGCUGCAAAUCGCAGAUAUGGGACCUGUGGAUGAGAAAGUGGAAGUAGCAAUUGAAUCUGGUGAUGAGGAGAUGGAGAUCUUGUUCAGUGGCGCCGCUUCCUCACCAACAAGGAGGAAAGCAGUAAACUUUGAUUUGGAGAGUGAGACAUUGCCACUGAGUUCAUCCAAUCACUCCCAUAUUAAUACUUCUUCUAAUCAUUUGGCCAACUCCUGGAUUGUCAAGCGGAUGGAGAGGAGCCCUUUCAGGACAUUUUACAUUGUUUUGAUCAGAGCCAAGAUCAAUGUCUUGCUCCCUUUUGGUCCCCUAGCAAUUUUGCUCCAUUACUUCACUGGAAAGCAUGUUUGGGUUUUCUUCUUUAGUUUAGUGGGGAUUAUACCUCUGGCUGAGCGGUUGGGUUAUGCCACUGAGCAACUUGCAUUCUACACUGGACCAACAGCCGGUGGUCUUCUGAAUGCAACCUUUGGAAAUGCCACUGAAAUGAUUAUAUCCAUCUAUGCUCUAAAGAGUGGAAUGGUACGAGUUGUUCAGCAAUCUUUGUUGGGCUCCAUCUUAUCUAAUAUGCUCUUGGUGCUUGGAUUUUCCUUCUUCACUGGUGGGAUUGUACAUUGUAAGAAGGUUCAGGUUUUCAAUAAGGCAGCUGCUGUAGUGAAUUCUGGACUAUUAUUAAUGGCUGUAAUGGGGAUAAUGUUCCCAGCAGUGCUUCACUUCACGCGCACUGAAAUCCAUUUUGGGAAGUCAGAAAUGGCGCUUUCAAGAUUUAGUAGCUGCAUUAUGCUAGUUGCUUAUGGAAGCUACCUCUUCUUCCAACUUAAGAGUCAGCAUAAUCUGUACAGCCCUAUUGACGAGGUAGUGAAUAACGAUGAAGAAGGUGCCGAUGAUGAAGAAGCACCUGAAAUUACACAGUGGGAGUCAAUUUGUUGGCUUGCAGUUUUGACUUUGUGGAUCUCUGUGCUGUCUGGAUACCUUGUUGAUGCCAUCCAGGGAGCAUCCGAGUCACUGAAUAUGCCUAUGGCUUUCAUAAGUGUGAUCCUGCUUCCCAUUGUGGGAAAUGCAGCUGAGCAUGCAAGUGCUAUUAUGUUUGCUAUGAAGGACAAGCUUGACAUCAGCCUUGGAGUUGCUAUUGGGUCCUCUACGCAGAUUUCAAUGUUUGUGAUCCCAUUCUGUGUCGUCCUUGGGUGGAUAAUGGGCCAACCGAUGGACUUGAAUUUUCAACUGUUUGAGACUGCUACCCUCUUCAUCACUGUUCUAGUGGUGGCAUUCAUGUUACAGGAAGGAACCUCUAACUACUUUAAAGGCCUUAUGCUCAUCCUGUGUUAUCUUAUAGUCGCGGCAAGUUUCUUCGUGCAUGUUGAUCGUUCAAGUGGUAAGUUGUCUGGGAAGUUUGUCACUCAUGCUAUAAGGGGGAGUGAUCAUUCAGUUAUGGGUCCUCUUCAGAAUCCAAAGAUAACUUGGUAACUGUUGUAUCAUCAACUAUAUGUGUGAUCGUUUUCUACAGAUGAUGACUAGGUAGUCGGUCACGCUUGGUCCGAGGGAGCUAACAGUCGAGAAGAGUGGAGGGCAUAUUUUGUUACACAUUGGAAAGGAGCAUUCCUGACAAAGCUGGAAUUUGGUUUCUUUGCCCAACACUGUUGCCAGAGGCUAUCCUGCACCAGAAGCCCAGUAAUCCUGCUGAUCUGAAUACCAGAUUAGUGCUGCAUUCUUCUUUGUCGGCUUGGUUGUAAUCGAGUGAUGUAUUGGCUGCCUGUCCUGAAAGUUCUGCUUCACCAAAACCCGGCUGCUGCACCUGUGACAAAAACAAAAAGCGCGAGUACGUAGUACCUUAACCCCCAAUAUUGUAACUUUUUCUGAACAUGUCAAUCUCAUAGGUCUCUCUGAUGCUGGUCAUGAAACAUUAUUCCCGGAGAAAUGAUCGGUGGGAACUGAAAAUUGUGACACUUUAGAUCACGCUGAGUAAGUUAGGAUUGUAAUCCCUGUAAAGAACAAAAGAUGAACAUUUUUUUGGUUUCUUCUGCCCUUCCACCGUUCUAUCUCAAAACAAAUCCAUUUUUAUUUAUAGCAUGUUCGGCAUAACAAAAUCCAAUCGAAUUCAAGCAGAAGCAUACAACGAUAGAGUAAAUGAUCACAUGCACAUAUGGUUGUGGAUGCCAUCAAUCAAGCUGCUUUGACAAGGCUUGCAUCAGCCUCCUUGAUAAGGAGGGUGAUGAAGUUCAUGUACUUGGUAGGAGGCGGCACAUUUGGGUCCAGCUUCUCAUAUUCAAUCGUCAGUUUUGCCAUCCCCUGUUUCUUCCCGUCGCCAUUGUCGUCGCCGUUGUCCUUGGCCACAAAUUGAUAGAUCACAUUUUACACUUUGUAGAGCUUCAUCACAUCGCCCUCCAGCCCGUUCAGCUUCACUGUUUUCUUGGCAUCGUCGUACUCCACUCUCUCCUUGAACACCUCCAGCUUCCCCUCGCAGGUGUAGAUCCAGAAUUUGACGGUGUCAUGACAAUCCCAAUCUCCCUCGUGGACAUGCACCGCCUUAAUAUGAGUCGGGGUGCGGUCUGGGACGUGGUGAGCUGUGCUCCUGAACAUGUCAUAGAACUUCGCCGGCGAGCAAUGCAGCUCCACCUCUGCCUCCAGCUUCCCACUCAUGGCUUCGUCCGCUGUCUUCUCCAUAGAUACCCAAUUACUUUCCAGAAAGAAGAAAAUAGAAGCAAGCUUGGGUUAUUCUCGUAUGGGAAUACAACUAACUAUGAAGCUUGGCCUGGAUUUAUAGAGUUGUGUACCUGCAGGCAAUCCUGUAAUCUACCUAGUGAACGGAUCGCCCAACUACAUGAAUCAUGAUCAAAGGAAGGUUAUUUUCUUGGGGCCAAAUUCAAAAAGAAAAGACAUAUAUCUGCGUGAUUGUGAUUUGGUGGGUGGGAGUCAACAACAUGUAUAGGGCUUUAAAGGCUCUGUUUUUCCGCCAUUUCUGCAGUUGUUGAAU